AUGAGUUGAACCAUUCUUACAUCCAUUUUAACGUUAUUCUAUAAAUUGGACCCCUACAAUAGAAAUACAUUUCUUUUAAUCCCUUUUAUAGCCUUUUGUUCAGUAAACUUACAAAACAUCUCUCAAAUCACAUUUACACUCAUGUAUUGAAAACAAACUUUAUACACAGUCUGGAAAAUCACCUCUUAAAACCCAUUUUUUAUAGAACUUAAGUGACGUCGUUAUUUUAUGCACUAAUUUAGCUCCAUUUAUUUCGCCUUUAUUCUCUGUAGAGCACGUCAUAGACACUGCUUUUAAAGGUGCUAUAUGAAUAAAGUUAUUAUUGACGAUGGUGGAAAACGAGCAGAACUCGUGUACAAAUCUGUCUCCGAGGCGGCCGCAUGCCACUUUUGUUGAGAGGUGGAGCGGAGCCGCUCAUAUGGAAAUACAGGUUGACUUCUCUUUUUGUGUUUAUGCAAACGCUUCUUCAUCCGCCACCUGGAAGAGCUCGAGAAAAAAACACGUGACAUCAGCGAGUCUCAUUUAAAAGGUUGUUUUCACUUGCUGAAGGGAUCGAAUGGGCGGUAAGGAAACAGGGUGUAGGACAAGGAGGCUUAAGGGUCUCUGAGGACAGAGGUGAGGAUGAGGAGGCAGGACGCCAAGGACCCAAAUCCACAUCAGAGGAGCAGACUGUACGGGUUCCAUGCCAUGUGCACCUUUGACCUAUUUAGAUUGUUCUCAUUCCUCCAUCGUAUUUAUGCAAUUUCCUUUCUUUUUUCUUUUUCUUUCUCUCAAGAAUUCUCCUUUUACCGACAAAGAAACAGCACCAGUGCUCCCCUCUUCGUCACUUACUCCCGCUACGACAUCCCGGUAACCUACGUCACGUCGUAGCACGACCUCGUGGUGAAGGAUAUGGAGCGACAUGACGCUGCUUACCAACUGAAGACGACGAAGAGAAGAUGAAGAACACGCUUGUGGUGGCAAAGUAACCCUGAUGGAAAGACCCCUCGAAGCGUCCGUCAAGCGACGCGAUGGCGACCUGGAAUUGAGUGAAACAACCCUAAUAUAACAUCUCAUGUGCCUGGGACUCAUUGAGCAUGAACAACAUCUGACUUCCUGUGAUCCAUGACACAGCUGGAGAUGGAUCGACGCUGGUGCAUCCAGUAACUGGAGAGUGCUACAUGAGCUGCUGCGCAAGCAGCUUCAUCUCCGGAUGAUUGAAGGCAGACGCCAUUUUAACUGACCGACAAAAGGCACGCCAGACGUCCCUCGAUGUGCAACUGCGUAUAGCAAUCGGUUUCCGGGGGGGGGGGUUGUAUUGAGCUUGUGACGGGCCGGGGUAGAAGGAGGUGCUUCGGUUCACACGAUGAAUGGCAGAGAGCGAGCGGAGGUGAUGGAGACCCAGGCGCGAGGCAAGGAGGAGAAGCUCGUCGGAGACCAGGAGGUCCACGACGAGGUCGACGGCGACGAGGACAAAAUCCCCGGGGCGUACGACUGCAACGUCUGCGGACGCAGCUUCCCGUUCCUCAGCUCCCUGUCGCAGCACAUGAGACGGCACACCGGGGCGCGGCCUUACAAAUGCCCCUACUGUGACCACAGGGCCUCGCAGAAGGGCAACCUCAAAGUCCACAUCCGCAGCCACAAGCUGGGCACGCUCUCGAGCCACCACUCCAACGAGGACGAAGAGGCCGGCGGCGAGGAGGAGGAGGAGAUGGGCGUCUCGGAGGGCCUCGACGGAGGCACGAGUCCGACCAAGAGCAGCUCGGCCUGCAACCGGAUGAUCAGCGGGGAUAGCGGCGAGGAGGGUCGGAGGAAAGGGAGGACCCUGAAAAGAGAGAAGCUCGCGACCGGCCAGAGGCCUUACUGUUGCCGUCUGUGCGGCUACGAGGCCAACCGGGAAGACCAGCUCCUCAGCCACAUUGAGAAGGUCCACAUCACGGCAGACGCGGAGGAGGAGGCCGCCGCGAAGGAAGAGGCCAUGCCCGAAGCGGACGUCGCCCCCCCGCCGCAGAGCGAUGGGACCUUCCCCUGCGAGACCUGCGGCCAGGUCUUUAGCCAGGCGUGGUUUCUGAAGUCGCACAUGAAGAAACACGCGGGGAUCCUGGACCACUGCUGUCGUAUUUGCGGCAGGCGGUUCCGCGAAGCCUGGUUCCUCAAGUCGCACAUGAAGACCCACAACACCAAAUCCAGGUCGCGCUCGAAAGCGGAAUCCGCCGAGCUUCCGGCCACCACCAUCAACGACGUCGCCCAGGAUCCCGAAAUUGCCGCCGGCGCCAUCGCAUCCAUCUAUCAAAUGUGUUCCAAAUGCGGGAACCUGUUCCACACCAGAGAGAGCCUGAGGGCCCACGAGAAGAUCCACAGUCUCGGCUAUGGCAAGAAAUCCCAGAGCCAAUGCGGCGACGACGAGGACUCACCGGCUGCUAAGAGACGUCUCGUUGACUUCUUGAACCUCAAGCCCGUUGAGGGAAAGACCUUGAACGAAGAAGAGGAGAACGAGAAGAAGAUGCUCGGUCAAAGAAUCCCUGAGCUAGAUCCGGUGUGCAGCUACCAGGCCUGGCAAUUGGCCACCAAAGGAAGGGUCGUUGAGCCCGUGGAGCCGAGUUUCAAAGGCUCCUACGGGGGCGGCGGGAUGGGGGAGGAGGCCCUCGCCGGAGCCGCGGUGGUUUUCGAAAAGGAGAGCAGCCGCUACGUCCUGCAGGGUCAAGUGAAACGCGGCUCCGGCCGACGCGCCGGCUCCGCUUUGGGAAGCCACGCUUCUUCGGGGGACCGGUCGCCGGAGAGCCUCAGCGACUCCGAGUACCGGCCCUCGCCUCGCCAGGACCGGCGGCGGACGUCUUCCACCAAGUCCAACGAGUGCUUCGAGUGCGGGAAGGUCUUCCGCAGUCGGCACCAGAUGGUCGUCCACCAGCGGGUCCACAGGAAGGACGGCGGCGGCGGGGCGUCCGCGGGUGACACGGAGAGAUCGACAAGAGACGACCGAUGGGGCUUCGCCAGCGAUCCGGAUUCAGGAUCCCCGAGCCGGCCGAGCACCCCGGGGUACGGAGACUCUCCGCCGGCCUCCACCCUCGGAAACCAGGCCUCCGAGAUGGGCACCGCGAACUCCGGAGAGAUCGCAGACGAGAAGCCUUACAUCUGCACCCUUUGUGACUUUGUCAGCUCGGAGUUGCAGCCCUACUUGACUCACGUUCGUGUCCAGCACCCGGCCGCUCCCAGAGACAGCCCCGCCCCCAGCCCCGCCCCCAGCUCCAGCUCCAGCUCGGACAGAGGCGCCGCCCCGAGUGGUUUUCCGAAGCUGAAGAGAGCCCUCCUCCAGGGGUCGAGCGGCUCGGCGCCCCCCCCCGCUUUCCUCUCGGCCCGAUCCGCGCCGCUCAAUCUCGGCCUGACCCCCGUGGAUCUGUGCGUGAGGGCCGAGGGCUGCAGGGGCGUGGCCUCCCGAGCCAAGGGCCUCCCGAGCCACAAGUGCUCCUUCUGCUCCCACUCCACCCGCUACCCCGAGGUGCUGUGGAUGCACCAGACCGUGGCUCACCGCAUCAACAGCAGCAGCUCCAACCUGGCCCCCAAGUGGGCCCUGAAGAGCAGCUCCAAGGCGGGCUCCAGAGACCACUCGCUGCCCCCCGGGAGACGCACCGGUCCCCCGCCAGGCCUGGAGGGGAAGGAAUGCCCCCCGCUGCCGCCGCUGAUGCGUGCCCAGCGCACCCAGCCCCCGACCCACUCCAGCGAGGUUCUGAAGAAGAGCCGGCCGGCUAGUCAGCCGGCCAUGCCAUCCUCCUCCUCCUCCUCCUCCUCCUCCCCCUCCUCCACCCCUUCCUCCUCGCUCUCGAGGGGCUCCUCAUCCACCCCAGGCACCCAAGCUGGGAGAGUCCCAGUCCGACCAGGCGGCGGCGGCGUCAGGCACGUGGAGGACCCGAGUCAUCAGUCUCGCUUCAGACCCAAAGUGGACAUGUACCCUCGGGGAGGCUCGUCCUCGUCCUCCGGCUCCAUGGAGAAGAGCACCGGCGGCCUCUCGGGCCCCGCGGCGCCUCAGGAGGGCCUCGGCUUCAUGCUGUCCAGCAGACACGGCCUGGCCGAGUACAGCCGCGCGAGGGGCUCCCCUCAUCGGCCGCUCCCCGACUCCCACGGCCAGGGCCGGGCGACGGCGCCGAGGCCCGGCGCCGUCGCCGUCGCCCACGCCUCCAGAGCCCCCCCGCCGAAUACAUCUUCCUCCCCGUCGUCAUCCUCCUCCUCUUACUCCUCCUCCACGCCUUUGCCGCGCGAGGCUCGCGGAGAAGCGAAGCGGGAGCCGAUGGCGGAGGCGCCGCCGGAGAUGCCGCCGGACAUCCUCGGCUUCCUCAAAAACUACAACCCCCACGAGCUGGCGGCCCUGUACCAGCGCUGGGGGGCAGCCAACGCACUGAUGGACCCCACUGGGAUGCUGAAGUCUCUGAUGCGGCAUGGCCAGUAUUUCUGCCAUGAGUGCGGGAAGAGUUUCAGUCAGCCCAGCCACCUACGCACGCACAUGAGAUCCCACACAGGGGAGAGGCCAUUCUGCUGCCAGCUCUGCCCAUACCGAGCAUCUCAGAAAGGGAACCUAAAGACGCACGUCCAGAGUGUCCACCAUAUGCCUUUUGUCAACAGCCAGUACCCAGACGCCAGGAGCUCGCUCCUGAGCCCGGAGGAGGAGGAGGAGGAGGAGGAGGAAGAACCGCUGGCUGCCAAACACACACCGGUACCACAACAACAACAACAACAACAACAACAGCAGCAGCAGCAGAAGUAGAGACCAUUCGAUAGACCGGGAUCCGGACUUGGGAACAGAAUAUUUUAGGGGGUUGCACAUCCUGAGAACAUCAUCGCCCAUUCCUCAAAAUCAGAGGACUGGACGUAGGACCCACGGCUCGCGAUAGACUUUUUUGAGCCUCUCCUUUAACGCCCGACAAUGAAGGCUCUCGUAGUUUUUUGGGGGGAUUUUUCUGUUCUUUUUAACAAGAAGCUACAUAAAGCAGCGCUACAGGCAGAGAGGAGUGUCUUAUUUACUAACGGGAAGCAUUCCUGCGGUUGGGAAAACGAGCGAGAUUUAAAGCGUCUCCUCGGCGCCAACGCCGAUUGAUCUUUUUUUUGGGCUUCUUUUAGUUUGAAGGCGAGCAAAAAUUAAAGCAAAUUGUGUGGAGUUUACAAAUGAACCUUUAAAGGAUUUCUGAAUACAGAAGCCCUCAAAAAUUCAAAGAGGUACCUCUUGCUGCCAUUUCGGAGGUACCGACGCGGGAAGAAAAGCAAAGAAGAAAAAAAAACUGUACUUGAAUGCAACACGCUAGCGUUUUAAUCAAGGACUGUUGCAUUGCAUGGCUGCUGUAGUCGCCUCCCUCUUUCCCUGUCUUUAUUUUUUUUAUUUUUGUUAAAGCUUUAUUGUAUAAGAGUUUGUGCAUUCCUCAGGACACCAAUCAUCAGGGGUCGGGGUAGUUGAAUGCCAAAGUGUCCUUGAGCAAGACGCUGAACCCCCCCCCCCCCCCAGUGGCUCCCCGGGCGCUUCACUGCAGCCCACUGCUCUUUAAUAACUGAGGAUGGGUCAAAUGCAGAGAAGAAGUCACCCCGCGGGGAUCAAUAAAGGACACGUUAUUAAUUAUUAUCAGAGGGGAGAUGAGAGAGAAGAUGCUCUGCAGUCCCUCAACAGACAAUUGACGCGUCGCAAGUGCUUUGUGUGUGUGUGUGUGUGUGUGUGUGUGCGUGUCAGCCUGCGUGUACACAUGUGUUAAACUCAUUUCCCUCCCACUCCAGAGUGAAACGUUAGGAGUGCAGUGACCACUCUGAGGCUGUGUAGCUGAUGAUUAGAAGGACAGAGAGAGAGAGACAGAGAGAGAGAGAGAGAGAGAGAGAGAGAGGAAUAACGCUAAUGGGGGUGUCUGCUUUAGUGCUCAUUAAAAAGAGUGUGCGUUUUUAAUAGCCUAUAUAAAUGAGCGUACCAUUUUUAUGGUCAUUCAAUUAUUGUCAAUUUAAGAGGAAGGGACUGAGUGGAGGCAGUUUCCCUCCAUAACUCCAUCGCGUUAAGGAGUGUUUCCGACCGCCGACACUUCUGACUUUGAGUUUGACUGACUUCAGAACGGCGGGGGCGACGGGGCGGCGUUGAUCUCCUAGUGCUCGCAAAAUGGAAGACGGUACUGCGAGUGUUAACCGGCGGAGAUGCGUCGCGGUUCCAUGUCGCCGAAGGGCGCUGCCGGCUCUCUGGCCUGUUGGUGUUCUAUGCGAUGAACGCUUUGAUACCCAAACCAACCCCCGGUCUCUCUGGUGUGAAAACGAUGGAGCCGGAUUCCAAAACAAACUUCUUCUCCACACACACUUCGGGCGGUUUUCUACUCUCGUGAAGCUGUGAGAAGAUAUGACUCAAAUCAAACCGAGUGGAAUGGAAAGUCAGAGGCGAGCUGUAAAGCCAUGCUGUGUGCUAAGCUAAGCUACGCUAACAGGCUGCUCGCUGUAUAUUUAGUGGCGAACACAUGGGAGUUGGUAUCAAUCGUCUCAUCUCAGUAAGUACGUAAAUAACUAAGCUUAUAUCCCCAAAACUCUUUUAAACUUGGAAUUUUUUAAAAUUUUAACAGAAUAUAAUUCAGCGCGUCCGACAUGGGAAACAACCGGAGACUUGCUUCGUGUUACCGGAGCGUUGAAGCACAGCCGACGAGCCGCACCGCAGCGUCUCAUGCCGUCGCUCUAAUCUCUUCAAUGGCGAUGGGAAGAUUAGCAUUUUCUGGGGAGAAAAGAGUCAAGAGGUCAGGAGGUCGAGAGGUCAUGAGGUCAGGCUUCCAGAGAGAGUUCAGGUAUGAUGAGACGAGGCGGAGACGCUCUGAAGCCUCUUGAGUUGACGAGCCGUCGCAGCCUUAGCGCGGGUUGGCUCGCUCCACGCGUACCCCUGCCUAUGAAAGCCAGUUAUUUUUUUUGCUGGGAGGGGGGGGGGGGGCUAUUUACGAGUCCGGGUGCUUCGUUUUCUCUCCUCAUCGGCCUAACACAUCAGAGGGGGGGGGGGAGAAGAAACAAGGCAGUUGAAAGCAGUUCAGACUUGGCAAGAGUGGAUCAUUUUUUAAAUAUAUAUAUACGCAUAAAGUCCAACAUUCAAAUCAGUUAAAAGAUUACGGUGCAUACUGUACUUCCCAUCUAUUUUGAGAGCUCAACAGCCCCCCCCCCCCCCCCCCCGAUGAUGAAAUGGUUGCUGUGCCAGUGGGUCGUUGAGUUAUGCAUACGGCGUUGUGUGCUUGAAUAUGCCGAAUAGUACACACACGUGUGUGUACUGAAGGUGUGGGUAGUGAUUAUACUUGAACCGGAUACUCUCGCCUUGGAGGUAGUGUAGUACUAAUACCAAUGUUGUACAGAAUUCCCUUUAAGAUUAACUCCUCAGUUAUGAAUUUGUACUCCGAAGUGUGACUUAGAAAAACUAUGAAGCAGGAGUGAGUGUAUAUAUGAAGUGUUUAUGUUUAAUAUCCACUCUUACCAAACCCUUAUAUACAGCGGUAGAAACCAAAUGGCAUUACUAGUGCACUUAGACUAGGUUCCUGCUUUAACCCUUCUCAUGCUGUCCACCUCCAGCUAAGGUUUCUUUGAGAGUGUCUUUUUAAUGGUGCCAGCUAACACAUUUCAAUGUCAUUUUUUUGGUUUGUUAUGACGAUUCCAUAGAUAGUAACGGCAAAUGAUUUGUUCUUCGACGGCUUUUUUAUUUAUUUUUAGCUUUGUUUCCUCAGUGGACGUUUUGCUGAUGCUAGGUGCAGGCAGUGCUUUAUUUUUCAUAAAAAUGUAAGAGUGUGUUUUGAUUUUUUUGUCUUUCUCUUUGCUAAAUUGUAGGAUUUGUUCAGUAGCUUUCGGCCAUGGCUGUUGGGUUUUUAUCAUGCCUCUUAAGUUCUAUUAUUUGUGUCCGUAUCGCUUUUUUAAAAAUUCGUUGUGACUUUCAUGAUUAAUUUACCUUAUAGAAGACAUUAUUCCAAAUGUAUUUGGUUGAUAUCUGUAUUUAUUGUCACUUCAAAAAAGGAUUCGGGGACAGAUUCAGACAGGACCGUUUGUUUAAUUUGAUUUUUUUGUUUUCUGGUUUUUGUUGUUGAUUUUAUACUCGUGUAGUUUUCAUGCCAGCAACCGAUGUGAAAACUCUACCUCGUCUGAGCCAUUCUCAGUUCUGUUACACUUUUGUACAUCAUUUGAAAAAGAUGUAAUGUCAUGUCCACAAUAAAGACACACACAAUGGCACCUGC